UUUUUUUUUUUUUUUUGUGAUAUUUAUAUAUAUAAUAUAUGAUUACCUGAUUUAUUUUAUUGAAAAAAAUUUUCUGAGAUAAUUUAAAAAAAAAAAAAAAAAAAUGGCACACAAUAUCAAAAAAAUUUUUUGUGUCGGAUUAAAGAAAAAAAAUCAAAGUACACAAAGAGCACAAAAUACAAUACCGCAAAAUAAAACAAAACCAAAAUGGAAACGAUUAUUUUUAUUGGGGAGAAGAAAAAAAAACGAUUCGAAAAAUCAAAAAAUUGUACAAGAUGAGAAAGAGAAAAAUCUAAUAUUACCAACCGAUUGUUUACUUGAAAUAUUUAAAUAUUUUCAGGAUGAUUUAAGAACAUUACAUUCUUGUCUUUUAGUUGACAAAAAUUGGUGUAUUAGUACAGUUCGAUUAAUUUGGAAACAACCAUUUUUAAAUAAAAGUUCACCAAUUAUCAUAGAUGUAUAUUUAUCAUGUCUCACAUUACAUGAAAAAAAAAAUCUUAUUAAAAAUGGAGUGGAUCUUACAAACAUUACGAAACCUGCAACUUUUCAUUAUGCUAACUUUUUACGUCACUUAGACAUGAAAAAUUUCUAUGCAGCCGUUGAGGCUCGAAACAGAGUUAAUAAGAUCGUCGAAAAGUAAAGUAUACAAAAUAUGUAGACUUUUAGAUUAAAUGGUUUAAAAGUAGUAAGUACUAAUCAUAAUUUCUUCACUUUUUAAUAGUCGGCACACAGAUUUAAUAUGUCGUGCUUUAUGCAGACUUUUUACGACAAAGUGUGAAAAUAUU